AUGCCCUCCUCCAGCAACUCCCCCCAGCCGGGGCAGUCCAAGCCGCUGUCCACCUGGCGCCAGGCGUCCAGCAUCCCCGCAGGCGGCGAGGCCCCCCUGCCCGAGCACCAGCCCGCACACGGCGUGCGGUCCGGGGUGUGGACCUACCCCUCCGAGCAGAUGUUUUACAACGCGAUGCGGCGCAAGGGCUGGACGCCCUCGGAGGAGGACAUGACGGCGGUGGUGGCCAUCCACAACGCGGUGAACGAGCGCGCAUGGCGCGAGGUGCGGGCCUGGGAGGCGGCGGCCGGCUGCCCGGCGCCCACGCUGCUCCGCUUCCGCGGCCGCCCCGCCGACGUCUCGCCCAAGGCCCGCCUGCUCAACGCGCUGGGCUACCGCCUGCCGUUCGACCGCCACGACUGGGUGGUGGAGCGGGGUGGUGGGCGCGAGGUGCGCUACGUCAUCGACUUCUACAACGGCGCGCCCUCCCCAGACAUGCCCACCGCCAUGCACCUCGACGUCAGGCCCGCCCUGGACUCGCCCCUGGCGCUGUGGGAGCGCCUGCGCAUGCAGGCGGGCUGGGUGGCCAGCGGGCGGUGGCAGCGGGAGUGA